UAUUUCAGAACCGGGUCGACCCGGUAUCCGGUUUUGACUUUUGAACACCCCUGCUCAUCAGUAAAUGUAAGCGACGACUAUUCCAAUUCAAUUCCCAACCUCUACUAUAGCUGCCACCUGCCUUGCUGUCUCCUGUGACCGGCACCACCUGACCACCACGGCAUCGCCGUCUGACGUCCACCUGUCGUCUGUCGCACCAGCUCUGCUAUUUUCUCCAAUCUCCAUCAUUAAUUGGACCAUUUCUCUUCUUUAAGUGUUGACUUUUUUUGGGGGGUAUUGACAUUGAGCAGCUUGCGUGGUGGAGCGUGUAGUUCUUAUGUCAUCAUCUUUAGUAGAUGCCCCUGCUCUUGAUAAUGCAGAAGCUUGUGAAUCAUUAGUUUCCCAGAUUGCUGAGCUUCAUACAGGUAGCUUAUCUGAUGAUGGAAAUUGGCUGACUGACAAUGAUGAGGAAGCAGAUGAAGCAUUAUAUUUAGAUCGUGAAGGGAAAAGGAGGCGUGAGGAGUUUUAUAAUGCUGGAUACCGGGAUGGUGUAGCAGCAGGAAGAAAUGAUGCUGCUCAAGAUGGUUUUAAUCAGGGUUUCAAGGAGUCGGUGAUGGUCGGAUACAAAUGGGGCAUUGUUAGGGGUCUUACCAGUGCCUUCACUCAUAUCCCGAAAGACCUGCAGCUGAAACUUGUUGAAUCUGAAGAUACGAGGGAAAAUUUUCUGAACUUGAGUGAGGCUGUGAAUUCCAUUGGAAAUGAAGAUGCGUUAAAACUCUUUAAUGAUGGAAUCCAACGAGGGGCAUCAGCUGAAAGAAGCAAAAUUAUUGAAUCGGAAGCUUCUACUCGUCCUAGUGGUUCUGAACAUAGUGGUCUGGAGAGUUACUUUGGUAAAAUGGACUUACUCCUCAAUGAGUCAGUACAACUGAAAGUAAACAAAUACAGGGUGCCUUAAAUUGGGAUUGAGAAGUGGGUAUUGCAUUAUAAGAGCUGAAAGUGGCAAGAGAAUAUCUUUUGCACUGCGUUGUAAUGGAAAUGUCCAUAUUUAAGGGUUUCUGGGCAUACAUUUUCCAGCUUAUUACAUGAUAGGAAGCUUCCAUUUUCUUGGUGCAUGUCUAAUUUCCCCCUCUUUGGGGUAAGAGGACACUAGACAUCAUAUAGUUUAGAGCGUUCGCUUCCCAAAUAGGUAAUAUGUAGCUUAUACUAUGGAGAGAGUUUUAGCAUUACAUAGAUUACUUGUAGUAAACAAGAAUGAUGUAAAGAUACAAUAUCACAUCUACCCAGCUUCGCUUUGACAGUUGAAUGUACUAUUUUGGAUGUUUAAAAACAAAUGUUACCUCUACUUUCUAA